AUGAGUAACAUGGCUUCCUUAAGCUCUCUGGUGCUGCUCCUUGCAGCUUUUGUUCUGUCCUCUCAAGUGCUUGCUGACUAUGACAAGCCCCCAGUAGAAAAACCUCCUGUGUACAAGCCUCCCAUUGAAAAACCACCUGUGUACAAACCUCCAGUCGAGAAGCCACCUGUGUACAAACCCCCAGUUGAGAAACCACCUGUGUACAAGCCCCCUGUAGAAAAACCUCCAGCUUAUAAGCCACCAGUUGAAAAACCACCUGUUUACAAACCUCCUGUUGAGAAACCCCCAGUUUACAAGCCACCAGUGUACAAGCCCCCAGUAGAAAAACCACCAGUGUACAAGCCCCCAGUAGAAAAACCACCAGUUUACAAGCCCCCAGUUGAAAAACCACCAGUGUACAAACCCCCAGUUGAAAAGCCACCAGUGUACAAACCCCCAGUGGAAAAACCACCACUGUACAAGCCUCCAGUAGAGAAGCCACCAGUUUACAAGCCCCCUGUGGAAAAGCCACCAGUUUACAAGCCCCCAGUGGAGAAACCUCCAGUGUACAAGCCCCCAGUUGAGAAACCACCGGUGUACAAGCCCCCAGUUGAGAAACCACCGGUGUACAAGCCCCCAGUUGAGAAACCACCAGUUUACCAGCCACCACACGGGAAGCCACCUUACCCAAAGUACCCUCCAGGCUCCAACUGA